UUGCAGACUGUUCGUUUUAAAAAUGAGUUGGAACGCAACAUUACAAUUAAGCUUGGAUAUGCAAAUGCAAAGAUAUACAAGUGUGAAGAUGAACGGUGCGCACGGCCUACGUGCUACAAGGCAUAUGGAAGUGGCAAGGAAGAUAGUCCCAUGUGUGACGUACCUGGAUUUGAAAAUUGUAGAAUGAAGUUGCUGAGACACGUCUCUUUUGUUGAUUGCCCGGGUCACGAUAUUCUCAUGGCUACGAUGCUUAAUGGAGCAGCAAUUAUGGACGGUGCAUUACUUCUCAUAGCUGCAAAUGAAAGCUGCCCCCAACCACAGACUUCUGAGCAUCUUGCUGCUGUUGAAAUUAUGCGUCUCCAGCAUAUCAUAAUUCUUCAGAAUAAAGUUGAUUUAAUUCAAGAAAAUGUAGCCAUCAACCAACAUGAGGCUAUUCAGAAAUUUAUUCAGGGAACUGUUGCUGAUGGUGCCCCAGUGGUACCGAUUUCUGCACAGCUUAAAUAUAAUAUAGAUGUCGUGUGUGAAUACAUUGUGAAAAAGAUUCCCAUUCCAGAGAGGAACUUCAUCUCUCCUCCUAAUAUGAUUGUAAUUCGCUCUUUUGAUGUCAAUAAGCCUGGAUUUGAGGUUGAUGAGAUAAAAGGUGGUGUGGCUGGUGGAAGCAUCCUAAGGGGUGUUUUGAAGGUCAAUCAAUUUAUUGAAGUUCGUCCUGGGAUCGUUGUUAAAGAUGAGACUGGGAAUAUCAAGUGCACGCCAAUAUACACGAGAAUAGUUUCGCUGUAUGCUGAACAAAAUGAACUACAGUUUGCUGUGCCAGGAGGUCUCAUUGGUGUUGGCACAACCAUGGACCCUACUUUGACUCGGGCUGAUCGGUUGGUGGGGCAGGUUCUUGGAGAUGUUGGGUCACUCCCUGAAGUUUUUGUUGAGCUUGAGGUGAAUUUCUUUCUUCUUCGGCGACUUAUUGGUGUUAGGACAAAGGGCUCAGAGAAGCAAGGCAAGGUCUCGAAGCUAGCAAAGGGAGAGAUUCUUAUGCUGAACAUAGGGUCCAUGUCAACUGGUGCUCGUGUUAUUGCUGUGAAAAAUGAUUUGGCAAAGCUGCAGUUGACUUCUCCUGUGUGCACGAGUAAGGGAGAGAAGAUUGCACUCAGCCGACGAGUUGAGAAGCAUUGGCGUCUUAUUGGGUGGGGCAUGAUUCAAGCUGGAACAACCCUCGAUGUCCCACCAUGCCCCUUAUAAGUGAUCUCAUGCGUGUGUUGGUGGGAGAGAGAGCAUAGAAGAGAAUUAAGAUAAAGAAUUGAGUGGAACAUUUGUGCGGUGAAGAACUAUACCUUUUACUGAUGCUUGUUAUUGUUCGGCACUGUUUCAUUUUUCGUUUUUAACCCGAGUUUUCAAGACGAGUCACUUUAACUGAUCAGUGAUUAUUGCAGCGGUAUACUAGUUAAAAAAUCCAGAUGGAAUCACUAUAAGAAGUUUUAUUUGUUUGUUUAUUUAUUCAUAAUAUUUGGGUUAACUUACCAAACAUCCCUUUACUGAA